AUGAAUAACAUCUAAAAGUUAGCAGAAAUUCCCUUCAAUAAGCUUCCUAAAACUUUAAUGAAGAGAAUCUUAUUCCCUAAUAUAGGAAAAAUUGAAGUUACUCAUAAAAAUCAAAGCAAAUUAUAUAUAACUACUAUGGCUUUUGUUAAUAAUUAUGCACCCUCAAUUAAAUUCUACAAUGAUCAUUUAGAAUUCCAAAGAAAGAUAGUUGCUGAUUAAUAGACUCCCUUAGUUGCAAUUUACGAUAAGGAUUAAAAAUUAAUUGAAAAGAUAGAUACUGGUGCCAUCGCUCAUCAUACCGAUAUUUUACAACGUAUCCUAAAGGUCAACAACUAAAUUAACCCUUCAAAUCCUGGUCUCGUAAUAGAUUUAAAGUCUGUUGAAGGAGCUUAAUUAGUCAAAGAAGAAGAAAAUCUUAAGAACUAACAAUGA